AGCGAAUAAAACAAACAAAUAAUUGAAGAACAGAGGCGAAACUUGCCGGUGGAAGGAGAGAAAGAAACCGGCGAAAUGGGAAAUUCGAAUUCGUCUUCCGUAAAUCAUCGCUUCACAUCUGCUUCCAGGGCUUUUACUCAGAGGAAGCUCGAAGAUCUCAAGUCUCUCUUCGACUCCCUCGCUUCCCAAUCUCAGAGCAAUGACUUAUACGUAUCUUACCCCGUUUUCCAGGCGUAUUUUGGUCUGAGUGGUUCUUUAGGAGAAAGCAUGUUUGAUAUGGUCACUCAACACAGGAAAGAUGGUAAAAUGACUUAUGAAGAUCUUGUAAUUGCUAAGGCAACUUACGAAAAAGGAACAGAUGACGAGAUUGCUGAGUUCAUUUACGAGACCUUGGAUGUGAAUGGCAAUGGGGUCUUGACAAGGUCCGAUUUAGAGUUGGUCCUUGUGGUGAUCUUCAAGAGUGUGUUCUCCACUGAGAGCGCUGAUGUGGAAUCAAGUGAUUACAGUGAGAUGGUGGAUUCACUCCUUAAUGCCGCUUCUUUCUCGAAAUCCGAUGAUGAUGGUUCUAAUAAAGGAAUGUCUUUUGAGGAUUUCAGAAGCUGGUGCUCACACGUUCCAACUAUCAGAAAGUUUCUCGGAAGCCUGCUUAUGCUCCCGGGUCCAGCGAGACCAGGAUAUCAAGUCCCGCAUCUGCUUUAUGAGGAUAGUUUGGAUUCAAAUAUACUAUUGUUGAAGAAGGAAUACGCUUGGCAUAUCGGAGGAGCUCUUCCUCACCACGAGCUUGCAGAGUGGAGACUGCUGUAUCACAGUUCCUUACACGGUCAAAGCUUUAACACAUUCCUCGGACACACAUCACACACUGGUAUGUCUGCGUCGGUGUUAAUCAUCAAAGACAAAGAAGGCUGUGUCUAUGGAGGAUACGCCUCUCAACCUUGGGAGAGGUACAGUGAUUUCUACGGAGACAUGAAGUCUUUUCUUUUCCAGUUAAACCCUAACGCAUCCAUUUUCCGACCAACUGGAGCAAACACCAACAUUCAAUGGUGUGCUACUAAUUUCACAUCGGAGAACAUUCCAAACGGCAUAGGAUUUGGAGGAAAAGUCCAUCACUUUGGUCUGUUUAUAUCCGCAGGCUUCGAUCAAGGCCACACGUUUUCCUGCACGACAUUUGGUAGCCCGAGUCUCUCUAAGACGAGCAGAGUACAGCCAGAAGUAAUUGAAUGCUGGGGAGUCGUUCAGGCCUCAAACGAACUAGACACUCAACAAAACGCCAUGAAAGGCACUGUUCUUGACAGGUUUAAAGAAGAUCGCAACAUGCUCCAACUCGUCGGCAUGGCAGGCAAUUCGAAUGAAUGAAAUACAAAAAACAAAAAGGAUUUUGGAUUUGAGAUGAGAUUCUAUCUUAUACAAUGUGUGUGUGUGUGUGCAAAUACUUUUAUGUAUUAUAAUUAGAGUUGUAUAAUUUACACCAGUUCAAGUUAAACGACAUCGAAAUAA